CGUCGAGUUCAAUGUUUACACUCACCAACUUCUACACUGCAUAUCGAAUUGCAUAUCGAAACAUUGUUCAGGUCCAUUCCUUCAUUCUGCCUAACAGAGCAUUCCCAGCGUUCCUUCCAAGCUCAUCCUAGCUCUCUUGCUUUCAUUGUCUCAUUCGUUCGUUCAUUACCGUACAAAAUGGGAAUCUGCAUGUCCUGUCUUGGGAGGGAGCGAUCUUCCACUCCAACUUCCGAUACCUCUCAAUUGCUUGGAGAAGGAUAUCAGCAUGCCUACGGUGCCGUCGCCUCUAGCAAUCUCCAACAGACCGACCCCGAGGAAAUUGGCAGGCAACGUGAUGCUUUAGAGCGGCUGUGUGCCCAGACCUCGGACCAGCUGAUUGACGUCGCACAAUCCCAUCCCUUGGACGACGUUCCCCGACCCCCCUCCGACCUCGCGCGUCUCUUCGCUGAUCGUGAUAACUCCCCUCAACCCACUACCAAUGCCGAAUCUGAGGAAGACUACGAACAACGCUCUGAUGAAGAUGAAGAGACUUGGCUGAGACGAGUGGCGCCCCCGUUGGUGAAUGGCGUGGCUGAUUGGGAUGUCGUGCACACGAUUGAGGGGGAGAUCUGCCUGUCUGCUGAUGGCUUUGUGACCGAACGAGAACGCUUGGAAGCUCUUGCUGAGGAUCAGGAGAACCAGGAGGACCAGGAGUGAGGGGAGCACUCCACAAGAGAUGCUCCUGUCUUGAUGUCAGUGUCUCAUCCACACAAUGAAUAGCGAGGAGCGAGGAGUUUGGGUCUGCGGAGAACCUUGGAGUUGCAGACAUUUUCAUUAUCAUUGGUGCCUUGGUGGAAGGUUCACACUUCGAGCCACUCCUGCAUCUUGUCCGGCGACGACAUGGAGCACGGGUGUUACGGGUUCAUGAUAAAUACCCUGGGUCUCGAUUUUUCUUUCUUGUUUUGUUGUUAUAUCAGUCGCAGGAUCAUGUUGGUCCUGCUUUUCAUACCACUGCUUUUCCUACCAUAGUUGUUCCUAAUGCUUUUUCAAGCCGAUGAACAGGCCAAUACGCCCCACACUUUCCAGUCCUUGCCUGUCUGAUGCCCU